CAGCUGUUGCAUAAAAAAAAAAAAUAAUAACAACAAUACCAGGAAAAGAUGACAGAAAAAUAAAGAAAAAAAAAUGAUUAUUCCUUUCACUUCAGCUAACGGGUAAAAUUGCUUCACAUUUUUAACUUUCCCUCGGACCUCAGACCGAAGAUGAGCUGGUUCUUAAAGAUAAAUAAUAAAAAUAAUUAUUUAAAAUGUUUAUUAAGUUGGUUAAUUAUUUUAACUUUUUGUAAAUAAAAAAAGGCGGAAUUUUUAAAUUUAAAUUUUAUGUAAACAUAAUCUUGAUUUAAUUAAGUCAUUCUCUUAUCUGACAAUUGUUUAAACAUUUAAAAUAAAAAAAAUGUGCGUGUAAUCAUUAUCGUCCAGUAACUCGGUGAUAAAAUAAAAUAAAUUAGCUACAGCGAGAAAAUAAAGAAUGGAGCGAAAUAUUAAAACGGAAAAAUUAAUAGAUGAUGAAGUGGGUGGUGAUGAUGGUGAAAAUGUUAAAAAAAAUGAUAAUAAAACGGUGAUGAUUGUUUUCUUCUCGCUGAUAAUCGAUUUAUUGGCAUUCACGAUGAUUUUGCCUUUAAUGCCGGCUCUGAUGGACUACUACAAGGAAACUGAUAAACAAGGACUCUAUUCUUGGCUCAUGGGCAGUGUCAAGGGCAUCCAAGAAAUUUUAAAAGCGCCUGAUAAAUUCAGCAGCGUUUUAUUUGGCGGUUUUUUGGGUUCCAUGUUCUCGUUUAUGCAGUUUCUGUCAAUGCCAAUUGUCGGCGCACUGUCAGAUGUCUACGGAAGAAAGCGUAUGAUGAUUAUUUGUCUGACUGGAAUAUCAUUGUCUUACUUGCUGUGGGCAGUUUCAAAUAAUUUUUUGAUUUUCGUGCUGGCGCGAUUUGUCGGUGGUAUCAGCAAAGGGAAUGUCAGUCUAGCGAUGGCGAUAAUUACCGAUGUGACGACGCCCAAGACACGGGGCAAGUCCAUGGCACUCGUCGGAAUAGCCUUCUCGAUAGGAUUCAUCUUGGGACCGAUCGUCGGGGUUACUUUCACAAGAAUAAACAGCGGGUCAGGAUACUGGUACUUUUAUCCGGCGCUCUUUGCAUUUUUAUUGUCAAUUGUCGACUUGGUUUAUUUUAUUUACUCCUUCGAAGAAACGCUGUCGGUUAAAAGACGGGCUAAAUCUUUAGCUCGAGGAAUUUCCGGCGCAUUUAUUUAUAUUAAUCCACUGGAUUUGUUUCAAUUUAAUGGUGUAACUGGUCUUACACCACACGAAUUAAAUAACUUACGAACACUUGGGUACAGUCAUUUCUUAUAUUUAUUUACCUACAGUGGACUAGAAUUUACAAUAACAUUUUUAACUCACCAUAAAUUUGGAUUCUCGAGUAUGCAACAAGGAUACAUGUUCUUUGUAAUGGGAAUUAUAAUGGCGGUAAUUCAGGGCUCAUAUGUACGACGAAUACCUGCCGAUAAAACACAAUUUUACAGUAAAUUUGGCCUUUGGCUAGUGAUACCCGGAUUUGUUAUUAUUGGCAUAGCCUCCAGUAUUGUUACACUCUAUGUCGGCAUAAUUCUUUUUUCAGUUUCAACUUCAAUGGCUGUGACGUGUAUGAUGACCAUGGUAUCAAAAAUAGGACCAGAAAAUCAAAAAGGAACAAUAACUGGUAUCUUUCGUUCUCUGGGGGCAUUAGCUCGUAGUUGUGGACCAAUAAUUGCAUCAUUAGCAUUCUGGAGUAUCGGCAGUACACCGACUUAUUUGAUUGGUUCCUUUGUUCUUAUUCUCCCGCCAUUGAUAGUCAACAAAGUAGCUCUGUAA